GUGUGUGAGGAUUUCCGAACGUCACGCAGCGCUGAGGGAUGCUGUUGACACACUGUGUGUAGAACCUUGGUCAGAACGCAAUGUUCCCAUCGUCGCUUCUCCUGCUGGUGCUGGUGCUGGCACUACCUGAGGGAGCGCCCUGUCCCGCACCUGGCCAGAAAUGUGCCGCUGCUGACAUUGCGGUGAAAGAAGGGGACGCCACUAUCGGCUUCUUUUCAUUGGAAACAGCGAAGGACAACAUUUUUGGGCGUCUCUACGCACGUCCUGAUGCCAGCUUUCAAGGAGUCACUGUUUCGGUUCAAGGAAUUCACGGGACAAGUGGAGUGUGGUUCCCUAUACCGAGCCAGUGCUUCCCUGACAGGUCGGCGUGGCACGAGGUGGAAGUGAGAAUGUGGAUAGAUAAAAAAAUUUCGACAUACUCGUAUGAAGGUUUUUUCGUAGCAGUUUUUGUGACAAGAGUUGAGGGAUGUUCGUUUGGAUGUUCGAUGAAUGUGGUCGACAACCAAUUCCACAGACUGGAAGUGUUGGCUCACGGCCCGUCCAGCUGGAGAAUGACCGCCCCUAAUGCUUCCUGCACCACAGUGAAGGUGCUCAGCCAGACUAACUUUCCUUUGAAAACUUGCCAAGGCUCUCCUUCCUCGAGGAAUCCAGUAAUGUGUCCCACCUCUGCGUCUCCCACGCGGUCCACACCUGCCGCCAUAUCUCAUGAAACACCUGCGCUGAUGCAUGUGCCAGUAGUGGUGGUGGUGGUGGUGGUGGUGGUGGUGGUGGUGGUGAUAAGUGUAGUUGUGGGGGUGAUGGUGGCGGUAAAAACUUCACUGGCACAAAGAACAACAGCAUCAUCCACCGCAGCCAGUGAGCCAGAGGCACCAAGGCGUUCCACGGCACCUCCUGCUGCAGCUCCCUCGCUCCCCAGUGACUGGCAUCUUGAAGCGCCGCGUGGCUGGCCCGUUGCGGCGCCCCGCCGCCCGCACUCCCCUGCGCGGCGCUGGCAGGACCCUGAGGAUGUGUACGAAGAAAUCUACUGUAACGCUGCCUGAAGACAUUCCGCUGAGCCGCCUGAAGUGCACAGGGACAGGUCUGCAUGCCGCCCUCGGGAACACUCCCUCCUACUAUGACCACCUCCCUCUCCUCUCCCCCUUCGCCCACCCCUCUUCCUCCUCCUCCUCCUACUCCUAUUCUUACUCCUUUACAUGUGCAUGGCUGUGUUGUUCAGCUGUGAAGGAAAUAAAUGUAAUUAUCAAGUUGUUAUAUACGUACAUGCAUGUAUGCACAGUGCAUCGAUUAUGAAGAAAAUUGAUAUACUUAAAAUGAUUUUUUCUAACAUAUAUUCCCUAAGUGAGUAUGUCUAUGAGUUAUAUUGAACGUGUUGUAUUGGUCUUAUAACAUACAGUUGUAUAUUUUCUAGUCAUCAUGUUCGCACUACUGUCGAUGUGCUUUUCGGUGUACUGCUGUGAUCAGCAUAAUGUUUUCACAAUGCAUUUUAUGUUCUUGCUUCCAGCAUUCAGGUCAGUGGUGGUCCGUAAUGUGCAUGGUGGAGCAAUGUUAGGCAAUCCUAUGUGUUUAACUGUAUACUUGUUAAAGUGUGACGAACGUCUGUAGCUGUAGCAGCUAUCCCAGACACGAGAGCAUCGACCACAAUGCUCUGGAGCCUGUACAUCUCUCUGUACCAGCUGUACAUAGUACUGUAUAUAAGAGAAGAAACCUCGAGGACUGUCACUCCCAUCAUCCACACAAAUCACAGGUACUAUUUGAAACCACAGGUACUAUUUGUCCAACACUCUUUCCACUAAUGCUCAAUCUCCUCCACCACCACCACCACUUCCUCCUCCUCUUCCUCCUCCUCCUCGUCCCCCUCCUCCUCCUCCUCCUUUUCCUCCUCCUCCUCCUCCUCUUCCUCUUCCUCUUUCUUUUCUUCUCUUUCUUCUCCUUCUCUUCCUGCUCCUUUUUACAAAACAGGAUUUGAGGAAUCACUCAGCACAUUUUACUGACCUUUUGGCACUGAACUGUCAACUCCCCUACGUCCCCCUCCUACACACACACACACACACACACACACACACACACACACACACACACACACACACAAAGCCUUCCCUCACUAGCAGGACGUUCACGAGUUUGUCACUCUUCUUCAGUGGUGCCUCACGCUUGCUGCCCUCCACGUGGUUUCCGUCACCUGCACUGCCUGUCACUCUUGUAAACAACGGCGGUGAAAACUUUAUCGCAUUACUCAAUAAGGUCUGGUCUGAUUGUACAUUCCCUAAUAAAGCUUCCUGCUUAUUACUGCAUAAAAACCUUCAUUGUACGUUAUGUAGUGUUUCUUGCGGAGGAUUCUUAUGUAGGCGCCUCACUGUCUUGUUCCUCCUUGGAUUUGAUACUCUUUCUACAAAAUCUUUUAAUAACCAUUUUUUUUCCCCUUUACGUCGUUUGGUACCAGACUUACAACUCUCCCCUUCCUUCUCUCUCUCUCUCUCUCUCUCUCUCUCUCUCUCUCUCUCUCUCUCUCUCUCUCUCUCAUCAUCUUUUGAGUCAUAUCCUUUUGGUGUUUGUCUUCUCAACAUUUUAUCUCACAUCCAUUCCCAGCUCGUUCCUCAGCAUUAGUAUUGUCAUCAUCAUCAUCAUCAUCAUCAUCAUCCGUCAUUAUUUUCUUGUUCUUGUAUUGUUGUUGUUGUACCUUUCUCAUCUUCAUCUUCUUCUUCUUCCUUCCUUUUUCCUUUUCCUUCUUGUCUUUUUUUCCCAUUACUCUUUACGUUCCUCUUGAUGUGCUUACCGUACCGUAAUGAUCUCUCUCUCUCUCUCUCUCUCUCUCUCGGGCGUUAUUUUGCACUGACUUUUAUUGUUUUUCUCUUUUCUUAUUUCUGCCUUUAAUUUUUACAGUUUAAUUUUCCUGAAUCUUAUUUUUCAUCGGCAUCUGAGCCACUCUCCGUCUAAUACUCAUGUUCUUAAAGUGGCGGUGGUGGUGGUGAUUGUGUUAGUGGUGUUAGUGAUUGCGAUAGUGGUGAAGGUGUGAUGGUUGUGCUUGGCAUCCGGUUUACUCUCUCUCCCCCCCACACACACACACACACACACAUCACCACCACCAUUACCACCAACAACUAUCUUUGGAAUAACCUUUACAGCUUCCUUUAAUCUCCGUGACACAUCCUGUUUACUAGUGUCUGAGUUGACUGAUUACUUCACACCAUGCGACAGUUUACAAAUUUUGAAUGUUAUAGUGAGGCAGUUACCAAGUGUUUAUAUGAGAAUGAUAUGCCCAAUACUAGUAUGUACUGGUAUAUUUCCUAGGAGAAACGUGACGAUGUUAGUUUGGUAAGUUGGUUCGUUAUCAGGUUUUGAGUUUUUCUUGUAUACGGAUUUAAGAAGCACUUUUUUUUCUGUUGAAUUCGAGACUCUAAGCGGUCUUUGUUUGGUUCCUUAAUGUCCUUUCUGCGUCAGUCGGAGAGAUGUGACUGUUUUCAGAGGGUAAGUUAAAAAAGUCCAGAGUUGUUAAUGCAUGAAUAUUAAGAAUAAAUAGCACCAUUUUUGCUUUUUACAAAACAACUUUAGUAUUUCUUAAAGCUUCAAGAUGUCAAAUAAUUCAACUAAACGCAAAUGUUACAUUAUAUUUAUGGUUCUAUAACAAUCGCUUGACUUGAGUGAUGUUUACGUGCAUUUCAGAGGACUUCUUCUCUUCAGCCAAAGAUUAGUACCUGCACAGCAAUAAACCAUCAAUCUUGCCUUGAGCCAACACGCUGUGGGGGCUGUAAAUCAUCCUCUGGGCACGCAUCACUCGGUCAGAGUUGUGACAUUUCCACUUCGCAGUGAACCCCAACAACAACAACAAUAACAACAACAUCCACGCACGCCGUUCGUAGUUCGACUCUUCUGCAACUAAUGAACCACGCAAUCAAUUAGAGAGAGGCGCCUGUUUGCCUGUGUUUUGUAACACUGUUUGCUUACAUCUGACAGAAUAGUAGACAAAGGACUCCGUGUGUGUGACUCGACGCCUUCAAGAAAUUAUCUAUUCUCUAGAAAUGAAAAUAAGUAGAAAAAUAGAAAAAUGAGUAAGUAAAUAACUAAAUAAGUACUCAUGUGAGAGGUUCUUCAGUCAGCAAACCAGUAAGUCAGUUAGCUAGCAGAUUAAUAAGUGAGUUAGUGAGUGAAAGAAGGAAUGAGUGAGUGAUUGAGUGAUUGAGUGAGAGAGCGAGUGAAGCAAUUGCACAGCCAAUCAGCCAGUCAGGUAAUGAAUCAAUAAUCCAGUUAGUCAUCGCUCGUUUAGUCAGUCAGACAUUCAGCAAAUCAGUGAAUUACUUGUAAAUCGUCAGUUAGUCAACCACCCAGUCAGUCAAUCAACCAAAACGGGAAUAAAUCAUCCCGUUAGUGAGGGAGUGAGUCAAUCCGAUACUUGGCCCACAGUCAAUACUUUGAGGCGAGGAGUCGUGGUGUGGGUAGCCAGUAAGUGACAUUUUUCACCUCCUACUUCCCCUCCUCCCCCCAACACCCUGUACCCGCCAAUACCUAUCAGUCGGACCUUGACGAGACGCGGAGAGGUUGAUUAUAACCGAAUGAACAAAUGAAUAAAUGAAAUGGAGAUGGUAGUGAUAGUGAUGGUGGUAGUGGUGCCUGGAAUGUGCUCUAAUACUUUUGGUGCUUUGUGGAAGUAUAGACUGUGGUGUGCAAGAGUUCCUUCACGAAUCCUGUGACAUUACCGGCCAAGACUUUCACGUGUCUUGCGUCUCCCUCAGUAAGGUUGUUCAGUCACAUUCUAGACAGCCUGACAAAGGAGGAUAAUAAUUUCAGGUAGCUUCUUUUUCAUAAGGAAUCGUUAUCGUGAAACUCUUUGGAUUUUCAUACUGAUUAUUUUUCCAAAGACCACGAAAAGUACAAGUCGGGUUCCUAUGGGUUUUCUUUUCCACUGAUGAUAUACUCGUAGAAUGCUGAUCAACCUACAACUAGAAACAUGAAAAUACUUUGCAAAUUCCCAAUAAUCUUUUAUUAUCCUAUGGAUGAGUCAGGUUAGCGAAACUUACACGUUCAGUAAGCGGCAGACUGACUCUUUACUUACUGCAGUCAUCAAAAGUGAAGUAAUCUACGGUGCGAUCUGCUGCAAAAGUUGUUUGGUUAAAGUACAAACAGAACAAAAGAUAACAUAACA